CGACGCCCGCGUCGCGACGCCGGCCCCUCAGUCGGGAUGCCGAGCGCGCAGUAUCUCGUCGUUCACUUCCGGCGCUAUGCUCGGUCAUAAAUGUCCUUACACUGCGGCCACCUGCGACCAAAAAAUCGCGGGCAAACGUGGACGCGAUUUUUCAUUACGAGUUGUGAUUGUCGUGCUCGUUACAGGAUCCUCCUUCGCCCAAAGCUCGUCUUCCCUGUCCCCCGAGGGACCAACCUUCGACGUGCCAAUAUCAAACGUGACGAUCCCGGUGGGGCGGGAAGCUGUGCUCGCUUGCGUCGUCGGGAACCUUUCCACCUACAAGGUCGCCUGGCUACGAGUCGACACGCAGACGAUCCUGACGAUAACGAACCACGUGAUAACGAAGAACUACAGGAUAGCAAUAACAGUGAACGACCACCGGACAUGGCAGCUGCACAUCCGGGACGUUCGAGAAUCGGAUCGGGGCUUCUACAUGUGCCAGAUAAACACGGACCCGAUGAAGUACCAGACGGGAUUCCUGGACGUUGUCGUUCCUCCGGACAUCGAGGACUAUCCAACAAGCACAGACAUGGUCGUCGGGGAGGGCAGUAACGUCACUCUUCGAUGCUCCGCAACCGGAUCACCGAAACCCAAUAUCACGUGGAGACGCGAGGACGGAAGUCUGAUACAACUAAUGGGUCAGAGCAAGGAAGUCGCUUCGGUUGAAGGAUCGGUAUACAACAUCACGAGGGUUAAUCGCCUCCACAUGGGUGCCUAUCUCUGCAUCGCAUCGAACGGCGUUCCGCCCACGGUGAGCAAGAGGAUUUCCCUGAUAGUGCACUUCCCGCCGAUGAUUUCUGUCCCGAAUCAGCUGGUGGGAGCCCGUCAGGGUCAGCAAAUGACCCUCGAAUGCACCUCGGAAGCCUAUCCAAAGUCCAUCAACUAUUGGACCAGGGAAAAUGGUGAAAUGAUAACAAAGGGUGAUAAAUACGAACCAGUGCUACUCGACAAAGAGUACAAAGUAACGAUGAAAUUGACGAUAAAAUCUGUGUCGGCAAACGAUUACGGAUCUUACAAAUGCAUAUCGAAAAACUCGCUCGGUGAUACGGAUGGCAGCAUAAAAUUGUACGAAAUACCGAAUCCGACAACCCCGAAGCAAAAAUCAACGACGACGCCGAUUCCAAUCGUCAGCAAAGCAGUGGAGAAAAAGCAAAGAACGAAACAGAAGGCUCGUCUGAGUCCAGAAAUAUCCCGACCCAAUGAAAUCGCCGGCGAUAUUAUCGACCCCUCGCAACCCGCGGCGAACAAGGACAGAGAUAUCCGGCUUCGGGAUCGACACGAGGAUUCCGGCGGUGGAGGAUCCGAAGGAUCUGCACCCCGAGACGACAACACGGCUCAGUCAAUGUCGUCGAGAAGCGCAGCGAUUUUGGGAACCGUCGAAGCCCUCCAGGCGAUGGUUGUCCUGGCGAUGAUGUCCGCGGUGAUGACGUAAUCAUUGCGGUCACCAAGAUGAAAAUAAUAAU